CACUCCUUUGCCGUGUUGGUUAGGCGAUUUUUAACGGUCUGAAAUAGUUUAAACUGUGGACGGGAUAUUUUAUUGGAAAAUAAACUGUUAUUGGGCAGUUUUAACUAUUUUAUUCAAUAAAAUACACUAGUAUUUUGUGUAAAGGCAGCAUAAUUAUUGUUUGAAAGAUUUACGAAAAGUUCAAUUGGUUGAAAAUAAAGUUGGCAACUGUACUAAGCAUCAUCGAGGAAAAUUGUGAGUCAUUAUACUCUCGGACUGUGCGUAUGGCGUGAGUUCUUUGUGCCUUCGGUGUUUGUUAGGUGUAGUUUAAGUUAUAUUUAAUGUAAAUUAAAGUGUCUUGUACGUAAAUACUAACUGAAUCAAAAUCAACUGUGAUAUGUUAAAUUUGCACAGCCACGUGUAUCAACGAAAACGACAAUAUCUUUAAAAUCCAGGUUAAAGAUGUAAACAUUGAUACAACGAAAACAUUUAUUGUAAUGUUGCUGCAGCCUGCAUUUCAAACGUUAUUUUUUUGUAAAUUGGGCGGUGUAAUAUAAAAGUGAUAAGUAAAAUGGAACGUUGGAGCUAUAUCUUAUAUUUAUGUAUGUGUUUUACAUUAAUACAGACUCAAGUUACUCCUAUGUAUAAUAGAGGUGUAAGUGAUAAUUCAGUAGAUUCUACUUCUACAAAAGAUAAAAUUGCAAAGAUAACUACAGGAUUCAAUAGGAAGCCGAUAUUUGUUGAUUGCAAAUUUUACACACCUUCCGUUAAAGAGGAACAGCCAAGUGGGACACCUGUUAUAGCGGUUCAUGCAGAAGAUAAUGAUCCAAAAGAUGCCGGAGGCAUGGUCACUUAUAAAAUUAUAAAACGGGAAGGCGAACGGGCCUAUUUUCAAAUAAAUAAUAUCACAGGUGAAAUUUUUACAUCGAUGUCAUUCGAUCGUGAUGAGCCUACCCGUCAAAAAGAACUCUAUGUAACGGUACAAGCAACUGAUAAUGGUAGGCCUCCACUUGCUGACAUUUGUUCUUUUAAAGUUACUGUGACAGAUAUCAACGACAACGCACCAAGCUUCGAUUCAUUUGACUAUAAAGCAAACGUAAAUGAAGACACAAAACCAAACAGUGAAGUUAUGAGAGUAUUUGCUUACGACCUGGAUGAUGGAAAAAAUUCAGAGUUGACAUAUAAUUUUGAAAGAAAUGAAAUAUUUUUGAAAUACUUUAGAAUCGAUAGUGGUACAGGACUGGUUUAUCUUAACGAAGUGUUGGGGAAAGGAAAAAAAGAUACGAAAUUUACUAACACAGUUAUUGUAAGUGAUAACGGUAAUGAUAAUAACGAAGGCCCCAAGUCUUCAAAAGCGGAAGUCUCUAUAAUUGUUGUGGGUUCUGAUAAACAACCACCAAAAAUUGUCAGCAUAGAACCCUCACAGUUAAAGCUACCCGAGAGUUUUAUUAAUUAUUCUCAGAAACUAGUGACAAUUGAAGCAGAAUCAAGCAUGCCCGAAAAAGAAAUUGCGUUUGAGUUGGUAAAGGGUAAAACUGCUCAAACAAAUAAAGAUCAAACCUUUUUGUUAGUUCCUGAAAAUGAGGUGGCUUAUAUUAAAUUAGGUCGACCAUUGGAUUAUGAAAUGGUAACUGAAUAUACGUUAACGGUUCGUAUGAGGAACAAAAAUCUUAUGGACACUUCAAUUAAUAUACAUAUUGAAAUUGAAGAUGUAAAUGAUGAAAUACCCAAUUUUCUAGAAUUUCUUAGAGGCAGUGUUGUUGAAAAUGAUAACCCAGGAGCACAAGCUAUACAGGUGAGAGCUAUCGAUAAAGAUGGAACUUCGGCACAUAAUCAAGUGAGCUAUGAACUUGUGGAUAACAAAGACAUAUUUUCAAUAGAUAAAACAACUGGUAUAAUAACAUCUAAGGUUGUUUUUGACCGUGAGCGUAUUCCUCUCUACCAUGUCAUGGUUAAAGCCUACGAUAACUCUCCAUCAGCGUUAAUACAAAAUUCAAGUGAACCCAACAUAGUCAUGCAAGCAUUUCAAAUUAGUAUUGAGGAUCAGAAUGAUAACAAACCACAGUUUACACGGCCUCUUUAUCAAUUUAAUGAUAUAUCUGAAAGUGCUGAUAGAGCUAGUACUGUUGGAGAAGUAACAGCCACUGAUAAUGACACAGCAUCUCUCAUUACUUACAGUAUAGUGGAAGGCAACAUAAAUGAUGCUUUUUCUAUGGAAAAUACGACGGGAAGAAUUAGAGUGCACGGACAGCUUGAUUUUGAACAGAUUGAACAAUAUGAGUUGAAAGUAAAGGCGUUUGAUGGCAAAUUUGAGGAUACUGCCAGAGUCAUAAUAUCUAUACUAAAUGAAAAUGAUGAACGACCAGUUUUUGAAAAUUAUACCAAAGAGGUUAGAUUUGAAGAAGAGACACUCAUAGAGGGGUGUAUUAAAACUAUGAUUGCUUAUGAUCCAGAUAUUAAAAAUCGAAGCGCUGACCAACACAUCGUUUUUGAAGUUGAUAGGCAACAAAGAGAUUUUCUAACAGUGACCAAUGAAGGUUGUGUUAAAUUAAUAAAACCCCUUGAUAGAGACCCACCAUAUGGUACCCCUACCAGACAAGUUUUUAUUUAUGCUUUAGAUAGUGACGGAGGUACUAAUUCUUUAAGAAGUUUUGCGGAAAUUGAAAUUGUGCUUGAUGAUAUUAAUGACAAUGCUCCAUAUUUGAAUGUUACCGAAAUUGUGUGGUAUGAAAAUCAACCACCGGGGUUAAUAGGAACAUUAAGUGCUAAUGAUAUUGAUAGUCCUGAAAAUGGUCCUCCAUUUACAUUUAGACUUGACGAGUCUAAUACUCGUGAAAUUACAGACAAAUUUUCCAUUAGCGGUGAUCAAUUGUUUGCCCGUGUAACCUUUGAUAGAGAGGAGAAAAAAUAUUAUGACAUAUCUAUCUCCAUAACAGACAGUGGUACGCCUCGACAAACUGGGGUAAGUACUUUAAGGGUUAUAAUUGGAGAUGUAAAUGAUAAUGCAGCCAAAGAUGGAGAAAGUAACAUAUUUGUUUAUAAAUAUGUCAAUGGACCAGAUAGGGAUAUUGAAAUCGGAAGAGUUUUUGUCGAUGAUCCCGAUGACUGGGAUUUACCCGAUAAAGUUUUUGUUCAACAAAAUCUAUUCGACGAAUUUUCUUUAAGUAGAACUAAUAAUGGAAUGAUUUUAAUGAAGCCUACUACUUCGGCUGGAACUUAUGUCGUCAAUUAUGAAGUGACGGAAAGUCAUGAACCAGACAUUCCGACGCAUACAGUUAAGGCUGUUGUCACAAUAACUAUUAAGGAAAUUAUUGAAGAAGCUGUUAGAAAAUCUGGAUCCAUUCGCAUGCAAGGAUCAACUAUAGAAGAAUUUGUUGGGGAACCUAUGGGAGAGAAUGGAUUUAGCAAAAAAGACCUUCUUCAGCAACGUGUCUCUCAAAUUUUAAAUACGUCCCUUGAAAAUGUCGAUGUGUUUACUGUAAUACGAUCCCCCAACAAAAAUGAUAUGAUUGAUGUUCGAUUCUCAGCACAUGGAUCGCCAUAUUAUGCACCAGAAAAGCUAAAUAACAAAGUUACAGAACAUCAAGAUAACCUUGAAAAUAAAUUAGAUGUCGAGUUUGUGAUGGUUGGUAUAAGCGAAUGUAUAAACGAAACAGUCUGUCCAGAGUUUUGUUCUUGUACAAAUGUCCUUACUAUAUCAGAAGAACCAGCUGUUGUUUUUACAAAUAGGACAUCUUUUGUUGGAGUCGGUGCAGUAGUUGAACCAGUGUGUGAAAUUAUUCCAAGAGAGGUGCCCAAUUGCUUAAACGGCGGAAUUUCUGGUGAGAAUGGCACGUGUAGCUGCCCAGAAGGAUUUCAGGGACCUCAUUGUGAACUAUUAGCUAUUGGUUUUGCUGGUGAUGGCUGGGCGAUGUAUCCUACUUUUGAUGCAUGGAACAAUACUGAAAUUACAAUAGCGAUAAUGCCUCAAACUGAAACAGGAUUAGUGUUCUAUGCUGGACCAAUGACUACGAGACAUGCAGUACUUUCGAAAGAUUUUAUAUCUUUGGAAUUGAAGAACGGAUUUCCUUUACUAAGACUAAAUUUUGGUAAUGGAACUAAAGAAAUCUAUGCUAAUAAGAAUAUUAAAAAAUUAAAUGAUGGUGCUACUCAUAAACUCAGGAUUACAUAUACCUCAUAUGAUGUACAAAUUGAAAUAGACGAUUGUAAAAGCCAGUGCACUACUUGGGAACAAAUGGAGGAGAAAGGAUUAUUAAACGUUAACGGACCUUUGCAGUUAGGAGGGACGAAGUUCAGAUUUACUGAGGAAGAAUCUAAACAAAUUUGGAAUCACCUUCCACCUACUCACCUUGGAUUUUCUGGUUGUAUCAGAAAUUUAACAUAUAAUGGAUUUUAUUACAAUCUUGGAGCACCCUCCGAUGAGUACAAGUCUUACCCGGGUUGUAACUAUGGGGUAAUGCAAGCUGUUACUUUUGGAAUUGAUUCAAACUUCUUAGUUGCAAUUUUGGUGUGUGUUGCCAUUUUAAUAAUAUUGCUGUUGGCCGUAGUUGUUCACAGACGUAAACAAGAUAACUUAAAUGAAAAAGAUAUAGAUGACACUCGUGAGAACAUAAUAGAUUAUGAAGAUGAAGGUGGUGGAGAAUGUGAUGCUAAUUACGACUUAUCGGUGUUCCGAGCAAAUAAUAUGAUUGAUGAAAAACCAAUUAUGAGAGAAAAUCCAGAUGUGCCAGCUGACAUAAGUAGUUUCUUAGACACAAAGAAAGAUGUGUGUGAUAAAGAUCCUGACAAUUUACCAUAUGACGAUGUUCGCCAUUAUGCAUAUGAAGGUGACGGAAACAGCACUGGUUCUUUAUCUUCCCUGGCAUCCUGCACUGAUGAAGGAGAUUUGAAGUUUAAUUAUUUGUCUAAUUUCGGUCCGAGAUUCCGUAAGUUAGCCGAUAUGUAUGGGGAAGAUCCCAGUGACGAAGACUCUCAUGAUGGAGGUGAGGAAUCCUGGUGCUAGAUUGUUGCAUGUUCAUAGAAAACAAUUAUUUUCUAUUGUACUUAAUCAAUUACUGUGUUUGACCAAAGAUAAAUAAUAUUUUUGGAUAGAACUGACAAGUCUUGUAAAUAUAUAUUUUUGAUUUCAAUUUAAUGUAGACUGAGACAUAGCAAAUGCUAUUAGCAUUUUUGUGACCACAGACGGUGUAGAGUGUAGGUUUUUCUAUAUAUAGUAUUUAUUAUUAAGGUGAAAGCGAUAUUUCCACCUAAUAAGCUCGUGAUAAACACUGUUUCGAUCAUUUGAAUGAAAACCAGGCCCUCGGGCACCAGAAAUAAAAAAAAUGAACACUUCCAAGAUGGUGUCUAGAUGGCAAUUUCACUGUGAUUUUAAUAUGUAAGGUAGAGUAGGUAUCACGUUAUUUAUAAUUUGUUUUUACGUAAUAAUUAGAAAUGCAAUUUUUUCAAAAAAGACUAUAAAAACCACGUAUAAUAGUUACAAAAUAUUUUGAACUAAUUUUCUGGAAGUGUACAUUUUUUUUUAGGAAAAAUAAAUAUUUUUGCUUUUAAUGUAACCCUGAUUUUCAUACAAAAGUAUGAAUUCCUUAACAGUGAUAUUUGAGCUAUAAAAGGAAGUGCAAGUAGGUUUCACAUGGCCUUAAUACUGUGUUUGAAUAAGCCUUGUCAAAAAAGGCAUAUAUAAAUAUAUCACCUAAUUUUUGUAUUAUAAAGAAUGUGUAUGUAAAUUAUUGACAUCUACAAUAUUAUAUAAAUAUUUGAAAUGUCUUGACUUAAUAACCUUUUAUGCUAUUAUUCUGUGACAUGGUGUUUUUCUAUAAUUUAUUUUCUACUAUUUGUUAAUUUUUUUUUAAUAUAAAAUAGGUUAGGUGUAUGUAAUCAAUAUAUUUUUCAUAUACAGUGAAAAUAAUACGUAUAAUCAAAAUUAAAUUAGGUUUAACAUAAGUAAAGGAAACGGUUUGUAUCAGAUCUACAACAUCAUAUUGCAUGAAACCUUUUUCAUCCGAUUAUAAAAUAUAAUAAUACUUGUAUUAAUGCUUAUGUUGGAUAAUUUUACCGGACAUGUCAAAAAUUGGACAUUAAAAUAUAUUUAUUAAGAGUGGAAUAUACAAAUUUAGUUUUUGGUUUAUGGAUUGCAUUUGGGCUUUUUCUUUAUUAUUUUCUAAAAUCAUUUGGUCUAAUAGAAUUUUUCUUUCCCAUAAGCGUGGAUAUUAACAUUAGCGGAAACUAUAAUUAAAAAAAAACUAGUGUGCAACGAAAAUUAAGUUAUUCAAUUCGACAGUCACAUUACUAGUUAAUUUAAUGAUAUAUGUGGUUUAAGAACUACCGGUUGUCAUGCUACUUGCCAAUAUGUAUGUAUUCGAGAAAUAGCUUUCAAUGCUUCUUAAAGCGUUAUAGGAUAAAGGGAAGUACUCCUGUAUAUAGAUACUAAAUUUAUUUUACGUGUUUUAAAGAUCUUUCAUAUAUCUAGUUCAACAUAAGUAGAACCAUGACAAAUUAUAAUAUUUCAUAAUCAACAGCUCAUUUCAUCCUGUUCGAUGAAAAUAACAGAGCAAUAUUCAUUUGUGACUAAUUUUUGUGACAAUAUUAGUGCUCAAAGUGACUGAAUUUAAAAAAUGCAUUUCAGAGGUCUUAAUUUUUAUAAAAUAUGUCAUAAGUAACUAUUAGAGCUGUUAACACAGGAUGCAAAAUAGUUUUGGCACAAACUUUACAGACAAAAUUAAAAGAUCAUAAAGUGCAGUCAAUGAGACUAGUACCUAUAUUUAUUUUUUACUUUUUGCCUUUUUGGCAAUUACUAAUUCAGUUAUCUAUAAAUUUAGUUAAUUAAUAAUAUUUAGUGUGCUUUAUAUCCUCAUUGAAAGUAUUUUAUGAUGCAUUUAACAAUAUUUAGUUUCUUUCAAUCUUAGAUAAGUCAAUUAGUUUAUUGGUUAUACUGAAAUGCCAAUUAUUUUUAUAUAAAUCAUUGUGUAUGUUAAGAACAAUUAGUAUUUUAAUUUUAUACAGAGUACAGCAUUUAUAUUUUUAAGUUAGAUUAUGAACAUUCCUUUAUUACUUUUGUGAUUUUUGGCAGCCAUUGAUAAUUUUUUGUUUUAUAUAUUUUGAUCUCAUUUGGAGAAAUUGUAGUUAAAUUUUCAUAUAUUGUUUAUAAUCUUCAUUCCAUUGUUAAAUAAAAUAUCAUGUUUUUAAAGAAUUUGAAAAUCUGAAAACUUUACAACUGGAUUUUCAAAUUUUUUGAGUUGUGCAGUAAAUAAUCACUUUUAUAAUUGUAUUUUAAUAAACAAGUAUUACUAUAUUGAUGUUCAAGUGAAUUAUGUUUUUAUUUUCGUAUGAUACUUCCGUAGCAGUAAUGUUUAUUUUAAAAUGUGCCUUUACUAAGCAAGCUUAGUACUAUAGAGUUAGAAAUUUGCUCACUGCCAUUUAUAAAAAUGUAUAACCUCUAUUUUACAAUAAAAUAUAUAAUGCGUA